AUGGAUAUUACUGGAAAGAUCCAUCCAGCGUCCUCUAAACAACAUGUGUGGAUCCUAGUGGCUAUUGAAUAUUUCACAAAAUGGGUUGAGGCCAAGCCGUACACUUCUAUUUCUAGUGAAACAGUGAUUGCUUUCAUUAAGCAGGAGAUAGUUCAUAGAUUUGGAGUUCCAGAGACGAUUACGGCCGACCCUGGAUCAGUAUUUAUAUCGGAAGCUAUGCACAUGGUGGCCAAUGAUCUGGGAAUCAAAAUGAUCCACUCUACCCCGUAUUACCCAAAAGCAAAUGGUCCAGCCGAAGCUGCCAACAAGCGGUCUGCAACCGGAAGUACCCCAUUCACCUUGACAUAUGGCCAUGAUGCCAUGCUCCCAGUUGAAAUAAAGAUUAAGGCUAUACAGGUGGCAGAGCAGAACAAUUUAACGACCGGGGAUUAUACUCAAGCUAUGUUACAGGAUUUGGAGGAGCUUGAUCGAGCUAGAUUGGAGGCUUACAACCGUAUAGAAGCUUAG